AUGCAGGGCAAACGACAGCGGCCCACGCAGGAUGGCGAGCAGGCGAGUGCGUCGCUGAAGCGGCAGUACGGUGUCGGUGCGACUCUGCUCGCCCGGAUGGGGUACAAAGCUGGCCAGGGACUCGGGAAGGACGGUGCGGGCAUUGACAGCCCUAUAGAGGUGCAAGCGAGGCCACAGGGUCAUGUUGGGUUGGGCCAGAUGAGUGGUCUGAUGGGCAGGGUCCGUGGGUCCCAGGAUGACGGGUGGGGGUCCCCCUCUGAGACGAGUUCCGAGUCAGAGUCCGAGACUGGUGAGGACUUGCCCAGAGGCAACGGUAGACCCGCUCUGCCCUCCCCAGUGACGUUUACCAGGACGGGGGCGACGACAUUGACUCCGCGAGAGAGGAAGUCCAUUGCGUCGCGUUUGAGGGCACUCCAAUUGGCGGAUGUUUCCGAGGUUAUAGAUCGUGUGAGCACUCUGGAGAGAGUCCCCAUGAGCAAGAAGAGGGAGUUGCUCGAGCUUGUGGACAGGUUGCAGGAGGCCCAGGCCCGUUUGGGUCUGCUGAAACGGCGAAUGCCCCUGCUAGCUGCAGAGGAGCAGUCCCUGGAGGACAAUCUGUCACAAAUCAGUUCUGCGAAAACACAACUGGACACGCUGGGACCGAGUUCCGAGUUUGAGGAGGUCACAACUGCAAUCGAUUCGAUUAUGCUGAUUGCGGACGAUGAGGUCGUUGACCUUUUGGUCUACAAACUUCUACACAAUUUGUUCCUGCCAACAGGCGAGGGGACAAUGGCAUCAUUGAAGCGAACUCGCAACCUGAUUCUGCCCCUGGUGGAACUUCUAACGUACAGGUUAGAGACAGUACCUGGAAGACUGAACAAAACACAGUCUGCAAUAUUCAAGAUUGUGUUCCCGCAGUUGGUGCCCCACUGGGAAGCUGUUGCUUUCUCCGAUACGCAGCAGGCGCUUACAGUUUGUUCACUUCUGGCAGAGUUUGACCACGUUUUGAAGUUCAUCGGUUGCUACGAAUACGUUUACGACCGCUACAUGGUGCCAAAAAUUGUGGCUGCCUUGGAGAGUUGGGACCCUAUGGAUCCCCAGAUGCAGCCGCAAUUUUGGUUACGAGAGAUCUAUGGACAAUUGCCCCCACGAGAUAUAUCGACUGUGCAAGAGAUUGUGCGUGCCAAGAUAACCGCGUAUUUUAGUGAGUGGUAUCACAGGGACCCUUUACCGGCUGAUGAAGUGUUCAAACUUGUCAGAGAUAUUCUACCGAAUGAUGAGUAUGACAAUAUAAGUCGAAAGCACCUUGUAAAGCAAUUGGUGAGUCAAGUGUGGGACAAGUAUUUUAAUUUGGCGUUAGAUGUCGAGGAGACCUAUAGGGAUCCAGACGCAGAGGCUUGCUCCCUUUACGCUGCAAUGAGGAUCCGAUCAUGCCGCAUUUUAUUGGCCCAGCAAGAUUACGAUCUGCUGGUCAAAGCGGUAUUCAAUGAAUUGAACAAGUUUGUGUUCGAUUGGAUAAACUUCCAAAGGGAUUGUAAAGACGAUGUCAAACUCUGGUUUAACUGGUUUAUCAACGAACUGUUUAGCAAGGAGUUGCCCUCUGUGGAGGAACUGGAACAGGUACGACGGUCGUACCGUGUGAUUGACUCCGGUGUUCCAGAUCAUGACGAAACCUUUGACGUUGGGGACGUACUCUCUGGAGUAGUCGAGGACGAGGAGAGCAACGGCACUGCCACGAAUGCAUAUACGGUAAGCAACAUCCCGCUAAGGAAAGUAACGGCGACUUUCAAAGAGGUCAUCGAGGAUUACUGUGAGCAACACGGGUACCUGUUGCAGAAGACUUCGAACCAAUUUGCGCAUCUCCCUUACGGAAGAAACAAUUCUGCGAUGGUGCCUGUAUUCCAAGUUCAGCGAGGGAGUCGCAAUGCAAGAAUUGCCAUCAAGGACGACAUCCUGUGGUUGGAGGACCCCCAUGGAAUAUUCAAACCUUUGUUCUUAUACGAAUUAGUUUUGUAG